ACUUUUCUCUUCAGAAGCGGUAUUUAUGAACUUAUACUGUACUUAUUGAACAUAUGGUUCCAUGGGAUUUGAAAGAUGGUUUACCAUCCCGUUGACUUUGAUAUCGAUGACUUCCUCUCAAGAAUUCAGGGCAACAAACCCCCCUUUGUGUGCCCAUCAGAAACAUGCCAGAAAGUUUGCAGAUCAUACAACUAUAUGCAAAAACAUAUGCUUCUCCACCGCCCUCCCGCUCCAAUAGAUAUUCCUGGACCACUUGUAAAUGGUGAAGUUUCUAGCAACUUUAAAUGUGCGUCUGCUUUAGAGAAUGGUUCUGAUAAGAUUGGAAAGGCGCCAGUUGUUUUUGGUCAUCCAACCGAAAAUUUAUGUCGACAAAAAAGCAAAACCCCUAUGACUUUUACUGAUGCGCAUACUUCUGUGGUUUUUGAAGCUUCUCCAGCCACCAAAGGUCACACGUUUCGCUGUAACAUAUGCGUCCCUCUUACCAUUUGCUUGCAAAAUAUGUCAAACAAGGCAGAAGACAAAGAUUCCUGCACCUCAGCGCAAGUGUUAUCUAAACCAGAAGGGGUUCCAAUUAACAAAAAGCAGCCAUCUAGUAGAAGUAAAAUGCUUCAUCACAAAAACAAGGGUCGCAUUAAGAAUAACAAGAGUGGUUUGACUAUAGGACAAUUUUCAGAUAAACAACAGUCUGAUCUAUGUGGGAAAGGCUCCCUCUAUACAAAUGGCAUAGAAGUGAACAAUGUUAUUGAGGUACCAAAGGCGGUUUAUUCAAUUGAUCCAGAAUUUUCUAUUCGAAAGUCAGUUCGUUUAAAAGAAGGUUCAAGUUAUAUUCGUUUUAUUGAAAAGACAUCAGAUGAAUUGGAUGAAGUUGUUGAGUAUGAUUUAGAUGAAGAGGAUCUUUUUUGGCUUAAAAGGAUCAAUGCUAAACGCAAUAGUCUAUCUUUACCACCUGUCUCUGAAUCUACUCUGGAAUGGAUUAUGGACAGGUUUGAAAAAAAGGCCAGAUUCCGGUUGUUUACUUCAAAUGGUUGUGAGACGACAGACGUUUUCCCUGAUAUUGGCGGCAACCAUUCAGGUAUCGAUGAAGAUGCUGUAUGUGCUGUAUGUCAGGAUGGGACUUGCGAAAAUACGAAUGUUAUAUUAUUUUGUGAUGUUUGCAACUUAGCCGUACAUCAGGAAUGUUAUGGAGUUCCUUAUGUCCCUGAAGGUCCUUGGCUGUGUCGUAAAUGCCUUCAUUCACCAAGUGAACCAGUUUCAUGUGUCCUUUGUCCGAAUAGAGGCGGUGCCUUCAAAAAGACUACAGAUGACCGAUGGGCUCAUGUCAUAUGUGGGUUAUGGGUACCUGAAGUGAUGUUUGCUAAUCUGACAUUCCUUGAACCUCUGGAAGGCAUCGACAGAAUUGCCACAGCCAGAUGGCGUCUUCAGUGUUUCAUUUGUAAACAACGCAAUGUUGGUGCUUGUAUACAGUGUCAUAAAUCUAGUUGUUAUCGCGCAUUUCAUGUGACAUGCGCACAACAUGCUGGAUUGUAUAUGAAAAUCGAGCACACAGAUGAUCCUGGAGAUCUAGGAAUCCGAAAGAGUGCGUUUUGCGACCAACAUUGUCCGCCGGAUCACUUUUCUAGUUCAAAUAAAGGAAUGUACGCCCAUUCUGAUUCGGAUGGUCCUCAGUCUCCUGAGCGAGCAGCUCGAAUUCAUCUCAGAAAAGCUCGUAAAAUUUUAGCUGAACGUAGAAAUUCUAAACCAUCUGUUUGUGUUCCCAUUGUAUCUAAAGCAAAACUAGAUCUUAUUCUAUCCAAGUUAUCUGGUGUAUCAGGGGAUAAAAUGGAGUUUUUAAAGCAAACUUAUGCAUUUUGGAAGCUCAAAAGAGAGUUUAGACGUGGUGUUCCAUUACUUAAACGACUUCAGGCAUGUUCUUUGCACAGAAGUGCUGCUAAUUUUGCUGUGGCGGCUACAACUGGAGAUGCAGAAUCGCAUCGAAUGAGAGCUCAUUUGAAAUUUUGGCAACAACUACGUCAAGAUCUUGAAAGAGGACGAUUAUUAUCUGAACUUAUACGUAAACGUGAACGUAUUAAACGUGAUAUAUUUCGUCUAUUUGUGACUGAAAUUGAGUUUAAAAUCAAACCACUUGUUGUAUUUCAGUUACGAUUUAUAGAUCAACUUCAAGCUUUAGAUACAAAUCAGUUUUUCGCUGAACCUGUUGAACCAAGUCUAGCACCAGAUUAUUCAGUAAUUAUUAAAAAACCAAUGGAUUUUUCUACAAUGCGUAAAAAAAUUGAAAAUUUCGAAUAUUGCACUAUAAAUGAAUUAUUAUCAGAUUUUAAUUUAAUGUUAGAAAAUUGUUUUGAAUAUAAUCGUGAAACAAGUGUCUAUUAUACUGCCGCUGUGAAACUACGUGAACGAAGUAAACCUAUCAUAUCUGAAGCCUUAACAAUAGCAAAACAAAUCAAUUUCUGCCCUAAAACUGGACUUCUUCUAGAAAAUUUAAAAAUUAAGACGGAAACUAAUGAACAAUCAUCUCAUCAGGAUAAUAUUGAAAAUUCAUCUAAAACGAAUGAAAAUUGUAUACAAUCAGUGAAUUCAUUAAAUACAAAUUAUAAUUAUAGAGAAAAUCCAACAAAUUCUCCAGUAUUAAACCAUUUAUCCACCACACGAAAACCUUCUAAAUGUACAUUAACAACGAAUGAACAACGAGUUCAUAGUCCUUUAAAAGAAUUGAUUAAUUGUGAUCGAAAUUCAUCAGUUCCUAGUAGUAUACGAAGUCGACUAAGAAGUUUUCAUUCACCAACAAAACCAAAUCAAUCACCUAUUUCUUUCACUACAAAUGGAAAUUUUGAAUUCAUUUCACCAAAUAAUGCUACUACUUCUACUACUACUAUUAUUAAUGGUACUACUACUACUACUACUAAUUCAAUAGUGGACUCAUCUGUUUUACCUAGAAAACGCCGUCUUUCAUCAACUAAUGGAGAUCGUGAACUUCAUCUUUCUCCUACUUUACACAAUGGAGACUGUCGAAAACCUUCAAAACUAGCUCGACUGCAGUCACACUCUCCUGGAAGUGCAUUUGCCCAAGCCUACACUAAUUCAGCGAAUUGCUUUGAAAACCUCAUCAAAUCGCCUGGGAACAACGAGUCUACCAAUUGUAAAUGGAAUCCUUCUAAUCUUUUAGCAGCUAACGAUUCCAAUUGUUUGCAAAUUCGUCAAGUAGCUCGGUCUACAAAUGAAAUGAAUGGACUAAUAUCUUUAAGUAAUGGACCUGCAUUUACACGUUAUCGAAUUGGUCGUUUAUCACGCGGUGAUGAUGAGGAUGACGAAGAUGAUAGUGAAGAGACAGAUGAAGAUGAAAGUGAUGAUGGAUGUAUUGUUUAUCCGAAUACUAACUCUUCAACUCCAAAUCCUAGUCAUGAUUCUGAUCGUCCUCUUUGUAGACACUACCAACAGCAACGUUCAAAACAAGAUCCUGAAGUUGAGAUUAAUAAAAAAUCCAAUAUUGUUAAUAGAACAACUACAUUGAUUGGUACAAGUCGAAUGGCUUUUGCUAAUAAACGUUCUCCUGUCAGUCGCUUAAAAUCCGCUUAUCGGUUCAAGACAAAACAGACUUCUAUGAAUAUUAGAAAAUAUAAACACAAAAGACGGUCAUCAUCACUUAGUAAAUUUACCGCUAAGAAUAAGCUUCACACUACUGAACUUAAUAUACCGUCACCAAUAUUGGUUCCUUCCAAUAAUUCUCACAUGACAUCAGAUUUUGAUACAUUGUUCACGAAGUUUCUACCAAAAACUGGCAUUAUCAAAUCAAAUAAUAUCCAACGAGAUCAUGAUAUUGUGAACGUUAAUUUUGAAUCAGUUAACAGAUCAGAUCAUAUUGACUUACCGUUGGAUAAUGAAUUUGAUACAAAAGCUAACUGCAUAGCAGAUCCAUUGUCUGUUUCUUCCAAUAUUGAAACAUCUUAUACUAGUAAUUCUAAACCACUCAAAAGUCCUUUAUCUCGUGUCUCUUCCCGAGGUAGUGUCGGAGAGGAUAUAUUUACGGAACAUCAAUUUAGUCCUUUAGAUAUUGUUUGGGCCAAAUGUUUGGGAUCACCAUGGUACCCAGCAAUAAUUGUAGAUCCAGAUGCUAAUGAAGGUUAUUCUCACAAUGGUGUUCCUAUCCCCCUACCUCCGGAGUCAGUGUUAAAAUGGGGCAAACGAAUAGCCUCUAAUAAAUCCACUGAUGAUUUAGAACUUUUAUUAGUUCUAUUCUUUGAUACAAAGCGUACAUGGCAAUGGCUUAGUCCUCAGAAACUGCAACCUCUUGGAAUUAAUAAAGAACUCGAUUAUGAAAGACUACGAGAAGGAAGAAAAAGUAAAAUGAAGCAUUCAGUAAGUUAAUGGUAGUUGUUGUCAUAAUGUGAAUAAAUUUAUUUAUUUACUGGAUGCUCUUCGUAGAUAAUCAAUUAUUAUGAAUGAAUAUCUAGGUUGGUUUACUUAUUUGAAACUGAAAGUAAAUAUUGUCUAAAUUUGUCUGUUACUUAGCAUGGUAAUUUAAUGAUAAACUGCUAUAACUGAAAAAUGCUGCGGAUUAAGGGUAGCGAAUUAUUGACCGGACCAAAGACGCGCAAACACGUAGAACGGCCUAGGGUUCUGAUUGGUCCCGCUUCCCUGUCUAACCCAGCCAGUUAAGUCCAGAACACAAGUCACAGCCUCGGAUAUAUGAAUCAUUAUAUUUCAAACAUACUUUGUUUAUAUACCAGUCAAGCAGACCACAACGUACCAUAAAAUAGAAAAUAACAUUGUACAAUGAUGGCCAGUAGGAAAAUGACACGUUAAACAAAUAUUGACCAAUAAGAUGAUACCAUUUCAUGUCCAAGGAUAGCAUUAGGCUUAACAGGAUAAUUUUUGGGAUAUUUUCCUGAAUAUCCCAACAUAAACAAAAGAUGCAUAUGUUGUCGCUGAAAAUAAAAAGUAACUUCACCAGUGCUCUUGUGAAUAGUUUUAGACUGUACUGUUGAAGAGUUGUUUAACAUUCGAUUUCCCAAACUUCUUACUAUCAAAAUACCGUGAUAUAGUGUCAUUUCAAAAGCUAUUUAACUAACUUAUUAACCAUUGUAGAAUUCGGUCAAAUAGUAUGUUACCUUAAUUACCACAGUUUCACAUAAUUAUCCACAAAAUAACUGGAAAGUUAGCAGUAGAUAUUACUGUAACUAAUUAAGACAACGGAAUAAUAAUUCCCAAAUAUAUCAUUAUGUUGAUCUAUUAUCUUUUAUAUGGCUAUUAAACAUUAUUUUUUUUUACCACACUAUAGAUCAAUUCGUAAUGGCUAUUUUUGUGUAGAGUUCACAUUGAAUCCUUUAAUAUUGUUUCGGCAGUGCAUCGUUUUGUGAAAAUUCAUUUCUUCCUCUUGUAUCUUAACUCUCAAAUUCUGCACAUCAUCACUAUAAUUAACUACAUGAUUCUUCAAACAUUACGGUUCUUUGUAUGAUUGCCAACACUUAGCUUCCUGGUUAGGACAAAGUGAACUAGUUUUCAUAGUAGGUUCGUCGUUAAGAAGAUCCUAUUUAUGAAGUAUGUUUACCUACUUUUAUUAAUUCAAGGAAUAUAUAGGUCCUGGCACAAUGUUUCGGAUGUUAUCGUAAAUGUCUAUUAGCGGCUGACUAAUAAUCUUGUAAUCAAUACUGCAUAUAGAAGUACAACACUUCUUUGAAUUGAGAAAUCUUUCGUCAUAUGUUGCACUUUAUUUAUUCAGGUGUAAUAAUUUCAUAUUAUGCAUGAACACUCCCCUCUACUUACAUAUUGUUGAAAUUGCAUAUAUUGGGUUCAUACAGACAAAGAAUACAAAUGAUAGCAAGAGAGUGGGACCCAAACGGGGUAUUUUAUUUGCCAGCUUGAACCGAUACACACUAAUGAUACUGAUUCCAAUGUGUUUCACUAAUUCCAAGCACCUCCAGGUUGUAUCUAUUCAUUUCUGCAGCUAUUUGGAUGACUCUCCCGGUCUCCCACCUUGUACGAGCAUUCUAUGUACCUAAAUUAAUGUUUACUCUGGUUGUCAGAAGGGGCAUCUACCUCCUGACUUGACUUCCACCAUGAGGCGUCAUAACUCUUCUAAGUGAAUACCUACUAAAUCCCAGGGCAGAGUCCAAAUGGUUUGAAAUGUUUUUUCUGGUUAGCAAUUUUUAAUGAGUUAGUUUCCUACGGGAUACGUCAUGCGUUAAUUAAAAUGGACUGCUAUUUAGAUUACAAAACCUAAUGUUAUUGUAAGUUGAAUUUCACUUUUUUCAAAUACUAUAUAGCUUUAAUUCACACAUAUUUACCAGGUAACGAAAGCUUAUCGCCGAGCUGUAGAACAUAUAUGUAAGGUUCACGGAAGACCAUAUCCUUAUACUGAUGGGAAGUCGACAGAUAUCGCUGUUUUUACCUUGUAAAAAAGUCAUGACCUUUUUCUGUACAAAGUAUAUUUUUCAAUUUAAUGCAUUCACGAUUAACUCGUAUAAAUUCUCAAACACUAAAUAUUAUCAUCCGUUAUACGAUAUAAAUUACUGAUGAUUUCUUCACCCCAUUGUAUCAUAUUUAUUAUCCCAAAGAUGUUAGUAAAAUGUAAUGUCCAUGUGAAAUGUCUAUUAAUUUCUACUAACGUUUAAAACAAGUUUUUUUUUAAUCUUUCGUUUCACCAGCUCUAGUUUCACGUUGAGUGUAAAUAAAUUUUCAACGUAUCUCUUUUUUUUAUAAUGGUGUGGGAAACGGAUUAAUAUCCAUUCUGUCUAAUGAAAACUUCAUACAGAUAUUUAACUU